UUCGACUUCGGUGACUUCCUGUCCAACGUCGAACAACAGUCCGGCAACCGAGACCCUAGAGAAAACCGAGGUCCAGUUCUGUUUCCUGUCACACAACCCGGUUCCGAGACCAGCGGCGUGGUAGUGGGAGCUUCAGGAUUCGGAUUCGUACCUCCCGGUGGCAACAACAAACAACCACAAGGCCAAAACAUCUUCAGCUUCUGGUGAUGRCCUACGAGAUCCGAUAACGAAACACUCUGCAAGUCGAUUGAAUUUCCUACGCGUUUCGCMCGGCAACGGAUAGCAAAUAUAUACUUGUCAAUGCGAGAUCUCUACAAUAUAAUAUAUAAUAUUAAUAACACAAAUUAAGAAUAAUAAUAAUUUGAUGUACCUACUAUACGCACUACAUUAUACAUUAUAUCUGUACACAUCGAUGUAAAUCGACGAAUACAAUAUACAUAUGUAUACAAAUAUAUUAUAGCAUAAUAUUAUAUUAUAUAGGYGCCUGUACGUAUACACACGAACGGCAAUAAUAUCGUGCGCACGAUUUUAUACACAUCAUAUAUACAAAUGCAUUCCUUGUAAACGUAUUAUCUGAAUUUGUACAAGUAUAUAAUAUAAUUUAGGUAUAGGUAUAUGCUCUAGAGUUUUCUUAAUUUAUUUUAUUACAUAUUGUA